AUGAAUCUGCUGGUCAAAGAACUCCUCGAGGCAUACCCAGAAGCCAAAGUCGUCCUCACGACUAGAGAUCCUGAGAAAUGGCGCAGAUCCAUCGAGAACUCGGUCGGCCUCAUCAGCAAAUGGAGAAUCUGGCCUUACCUCGCUCUGAUCAGUCCUGACUGUGCAGCUUGGGUUCAGAUGCUCAACACGAUGGACAAAAUCAUGGACGGAUGGAGCAUAUCUGCUCUAAACCGCCACAACGCAGGCGUCCGAGCAGUUGUGCCCAAGGAUCGAUUGCUCGAAUUCAAAUUGGGACAGGACGGUUGGAAAGAGCUCUGUGAAUUCAUUGAACUCCCGCAGCCUGAUGGCGAGUUUCCGAACGUUAACGACGGCAAGAUGUUUGUCGCUGUUCAUGUACUCCUGAUUAACAUUUGGUUGAUGAAGGCUUUGAAGGAUGGAGUGAUCCGCAUGGCUCCUUGGUUACUCCUGAUUGGAUCUGUGUUGUUGGCUAGAAGGCUUAGAUACGUCUAG